CCGCGCACGCAAACGCUUCACUUCCUUGUUCAGUCAGGAUGAUGUUGGUGUUAACAACAAAGUGUUGGGAGUCUUUUCUAAAAACUCCUUCAAGUCAAGAACUUCUGCGUCUGCUUUUGCUGUCACUGCCGAUCGGCUAACACCGUGUGUGUGUGUGUGUGUGUGUGUGCUUUGGAGCCAGCGCGUUAGCUCCCGUUAGCUGCCGUUAGCUGCCGUUAGCUCCGGUUGGAUCCCGUUAGCUUACAGCAGUGUGGAAUCAGCGUUUCUACAAAGAGGAUAAACAGAGAAGCUGGACAGGAGCUCCCGCUCACUGGUAGCUAACGGUAACAUUAUGAACCAGGAGAGUCUCUGUUCAGAUAAUCCUGAAGACAGGCGCCCUCUAGCGGAUUGCUCAGAAGAUGUCCAACAUCUGCUGGUGAUCAAAGAAGAGGUUCCCAUUGAGAUGAUUAGCAGUCCACAUCAGGAGGACUCGGAAAAACCUCACAUCAAAGAGGAACAAGAAGAUCUCUGGACCAGUCCGGAGGAAGAGCAGCUUCAAGGGCAGGAGGAGGCUGAGGAGAAGUUCUCACUCAUUGUUGUUCAUGUGAAAAGUGAAGAUGAGAAUCCUCACAUCAACAAGGAACAGGAAGAUCUCUGGACCACUCAGGAGGAAGAACAGCAUCUGAAGGAGGACCCACUAACUAUCAUCCAUGUAAAAACUGAAGAUGAUGACGAGGAACCUCAGUCCUCGCAGCCUCAUCACAGCCAAACCGAGGAGAGCCGGGAGGCAGAGCCUCCAGCGACCAGCUCAGCAUUAACAAUUAAAACAGAAGCAAAUGGAGACGAUCAGCUUCACUCAGAUAAAGAUGACGACGAGACUCCAGACUCAUCUGAGACUGAAGACAGUGAUGAUGAUUGGAAGGAGACCAGAGCUCCUGACCGAUGUCAACCUCAGAGACACACACAGAGAGUUCAGUCCGGAGAGAAACCAUUUGACUGUGAUGUUUGUGGGAAAAGAUUUACGCGGAAGAGUUCUCUUAAGAGUCAUAUGAUGGUCCAUACAGGAGAGAAACCAUUUGACUGUGAUGUUUGUGGGAAAACAUUUAUACAGAGGAGUUCUCUGAAGACACAUAUGAUGGGCCACACAGGAGAGAAGCCAUGUAGAUGUGAUGUUUGUGGGAAAAGCUUUGCGCUGAACUCUUUACUUAAGAGACACAUGAUGGUCCACACAGGAGAGAAACCAUGUACAUGUGAUGUUUGUGGGAAAAGCUUUACACUGAGCUCUUUACUUAAGAGACACAUGAUGGUCCACACAGGAGAGAAACCGUGUAAAUGUGAUGUUUGUGGGAAAAGAUUUACACAGAUGUCUUUUCUGAAGAGACACAUGAUGGUCCACACAGGAGAGAAACCAUGUAGCUGUGAUGUUUGUGGGAAAAGAUUUAAACAGAGUAAUGUUCUUAAGGUACACAUGAUGGACCAUACAGGAGAGAAACCAUGCAGCUGUGAUGUUUGUGGGAAAAGAUUUAAACAGAGUAAUGUUCUUGAGACACAUAUGAUGGUCCAUACGGGAGAGAAACCAUGCAGCUGUCAUGUGUGUGGGAAAAGGUUUCGACUCAAACGUUCUCUAAAGACACACAUGAUGAUCCAUUCAGGAAAGAAACCAUGUAGCUGUGAUGUUUGUGGGAAAGGAUUUGCAAAGAAGUGUGAUGUUAAGAGACACAUGAUGGUCCAUACAAGAGAGAAACCAUGUAGCUGUGAUGUGUGUGGGAAAAAAUUUGGAUAUAAAAGUUCUAUGAAAACACAUAUGAUGAUUCAUACAGGAGAGAUGCCAUUUAUUUGUGAUGUUUGUGGUAAAAGAGUUACAACUAGGUCUCAUCUGAAAAUGCACAUGAGGGAUCAUAAAGGAGUGAAAUUGUAAAGUUGUUAUGAACUGCUUGACUAUUAAAAUGCUUUUAUGCCCUG